AUGUUUUUACGUUUAAUUUUUUCGUGUCUUAUAUUGCUGCCAAAAUUACAUACCAUUGACUCACAAACAACAAAUACUACAGAAGGAGCUUUAAGUAUCUUAGGAACCAUCAAUCCAAAUCAAAACUUAUUAAACAUUUGCAAUGAAAAUAAUGCUACGCCUUUAUGGAAUAACUCUACAGCGUAUCAAUUUACUUCUACAGUAUACAUGAGCAGUGAAACUGAUAUUAAAUCGUCAGAUGUUAAUAAGUUACAAACUGAAACUAAUUUCAAUGUAACACAAAUAUAUUACAACCGAUGCAACAAAUUAUCAGAUCUGUCAAACUAUACACAAACUCAAAUAAUUGAUACAUUAACUGCAAAUUGCCGAUAUGAUCGUUUGGAACGUCCACCGACGCUAGUAAAUGGAACAGUAACGAAUGAUCCAACUGAAGUUUUUAUAAAUGCAUAUGUAAAUAGUAUUGAAUCGACCGAUUCCGAUAAUUUGCAGUUUACAAUGUUUGCGACAUUAUAUAUCAUGUAUAAUGACACCCGACUGUGUUUUGAGGAAUUAACCACAGACCCUUCAGACUACAUAACUGGUAGCACAGAACUAUAUACACGUAUAUGGGUACCAAGUAUAACACUCAGAAAUCAAAAAGACUCCAAUAUCUUAAGCGGUCUCGAUAAUAAUAUACGCAUUAUUAUUACUCCAAGUGGUACAGUGAUUUUAGCUACUAAUGUACUAGUGACUUUAUUUUGCUCAACGACUUGGGGAAAAUUUCCUUAUGAUGUAGAAAACUGUACUGCAGUCUUUCAGAGUUGGAUGUAUAAUACAAAUCAGUUAAUACUACACUGGCAACAAAAUCAAACUAUUAUUUAUAGUGACCAAAUGAAACUGUUGGAUUAUACCCUAAUGUCGACGGCAACUACAGAAGGCCUAAUAGCGCAGAACCCUGUGAGCUCAUUUUAUACAAGCUUUUCUAGUAAUUACAGUACACUUCAAUUUACUAUUCAAAUUUCACAAAGUUUGGGUUAUUAUUUUUUGGAUUACUUUUUGCCUUCUAUAAUUAUUGUGGCGAUCGGUUGGACAUCGUGUUGGUUACGUGCUGAUCAAACACCUGCACGAACCAUGCUUGGCACAAGUACUUUGUUAACUUUCAUAACACUUACUUCUUCAAUGCAGAGUAGUCAACUUAAAACUAAAUAUCUAAGUUUAUUUGAAAUUUGGUUUGUAGUCUGCACAUUAUUUAUAGUGUCUGGCUUAGUUGAGUUCGCAUUUUCUAACACAGUUUUCCGGCGUAGACGUAACCUGGAGUUGAAACGUCUUAAAAGCAAAUACAUACUUAAAUCUACACUCACCCAUAGAAAAAAUCGUUGUCAAUCAGAAAAACACAUUACUACAUCACAAUAUAAUUCUUCAGAACCAACAGUUAAGGUUCUGAAAUGCAUGUCACUCGAAAUGCCAUCUAAUAUCUCCGAAAGUGAAUCAAACUUAAAUUAUUACACCACACAGACCAGUAACAGCACCAUUAGCAUUGAAGACAAUGCAGUAAACAAUAUUAACUUAGACCCAGAAUUAUGCUGCGGUGAGGAAAUUUCUAAUGAUAAGGAAAGCAAUAAUGAAAAUAGUUUGGGUGAUAAUGACUCUCUGGAAAGCUUGGAUAAUAAACCAUGGGCUCAAAUGACACCAGAGGAAGCGUCAGCAUGGUUAGAUCGCAGAGCAAGAUUUCUGUUACCUAUAUCAUUUCUACUGUUCAAUGCAAUAUUUUGGCUUGUUGUUUUUUGUGUGUAA